GAUUUAUACAAGCAUUGCGUGAAAUUAGAGGAUGUAAGUGUGUUUGAUUUGUAUAGGAGGCGUUUUUAUUUUGUACUGUAUUGUGUAUUGAUAAGUAUGGGUGUAUUCUGAGGAUGAAACACGUAUAUUGUAUUAGUAGUGUAAGAGAGGGAAAUUCAGUCAUGCACUGAUGCUAUAAAUGAGAAGUGUGUGUACUGGCUGUGCGUAUUCAUUAUUAAAAAAAACCGCUGCGAGAAAAGGGGGCGUGUGGGAGGGAAGAAAACAGUCUGGUAUUAAAUUAAUUUUUCUAUAUACCUGAACAGCGUUACCAUUAAAGAGGUACUGUACCAGAUAAUUAUUUCAGUCGCAUCAUAGGAAUAGAGAUACAAAAUAGGUCGCAGUGGUUCUCAACCAAUGGGUAAUUACCCACAAGUGGAUAAUUUGGAUAAUUUGAGUGAGUAAUGGAAGGCUGAUAAUAAAAGCAUUCAUAUUGUUACGAAUGUGUGGGUAUGUGUGUGUGUAUGUGUGAGAAAAUGUAUUAAGUAUAGGUGCAAGAGAGAAAACGGAGAGGAUAACGGACGCGUCUCAUACAGGACAAGCCACUACAGCCGCUUAUAGGCAUUGUCGUGUCGUGAGAAAACUGCCCGUGGCUGUGACUGCCUGAUUUGAAGUGGUGACAGGAGAGUGUGGUAACAAUGACCUUCUGUGGCUACAAGUUCUCCCUGUGCCUGCUGCUGAUCAGUGCAUGGGGGCUGGUGCAGCUGCUGGUGAUGGGCCUCUUCUUCUAUGGCGAGGCCCCAGCCUUCCUUGAGGACCUGCCGCUGGAGGACCACUAUGACAGCCGGGAAAACUUUGUCACUGAUGUCAACAAAGGCUUCAAGAACAAUGCCUUCAACUGCUUCAUUGCUGCCUGCCUCUACAUUGUUACUCUCGGUGUCUCCGGCUGGCAAUUCUACCUCAAUCAGAAAACCACAUAUCAGGUGUAGAAGGAGAGACUUGACAUCAGCUUUGUUGUGAUGUAAAUCAACAUGUGAAUAGUGAAGGACUCAAGUGACAGAUGGAAGUUAUCACAUUGGUGGGCUUUGUAUUUUUAGAUUUGUUUGGCAAUCCAGAACAUGUCAAAAAACUCUUAUGGCACAAAAUUCCACUAAGUGAAGUAAAUAUUGCAUGAAAACCAAUUAGAUUUUCUUCCAUCUGUCUGAUGCAGCAGUGGUGUGUGUUGUACAUAAGUGUUAUUGUUAGGUGUCACUGUAAACCUAUCCAGCAUGACAAAUACACCUUCAAUAUUUGUUUUGAAUGGCACAGCCUUCCUUCAUGUGCUGUAUCCUCUUGUGUGUGUGUGUGUGUGUGUGUGUGUGUGUGUGUGUGUGUGUGUGUGUGUGUGUGUGUGUGUGUGUGUUUUAUGUAAAAGCAGGUUAGCUGUCCAUUGUACAGUUGAAUGUUAGGUACCUCAUUAAGAUGAUUUGUUUAAGUUAAUCCAACAAUAUUGUGAUUACAUAGGUAAAUAUUAUCUUUGUAAAGACUGCUGGAGUUUAGAUGCAAGAACUAUAAAUUUUUGAAUAAAACUACCAUUGUUAUGAUGAAUAAUAGCUCUUCACAAGUUUGUAUUCCCCUAAUAUGAAUGUAAUUGCUGGAAGCUAUCAUGUUAUUCCUUACACCCUCUCCCUCUCUUUCUCAACAGUAACCAGACUCGAGACCUGGCUCUACUAGCACAAGGCACAAAUGUUGCUGGUUGGAAAAUGGUAAAUAUUAACCAUUUCCUCAAAGAAGAUUACUAACCUGCAGUGUGGUAGAUCACUACAAGGUCCUUAUUUUCUAAAGGCUGUGGCAGCAUCUAAACAGAUUCACAUUAGUCUUCUGGCUGCCCACCAUGUACUACUUAUAUUGCUGUGAUGUACUACUAUACUUUAAUUUUUCAUCUAUUUCUUGUCCAAUAUAAAAGGGAUCGUAGUGCUGCAACCUAUAAAAUUUAGGUUUUCUGUGGAAAAUAGAAAGAAAAAAAAGACUAAGAUGUGAAGGGAAAAUAGAAACAAGAUAGCUGGAUUAAACCUUGUUCCCAGAAUGUCAGUUAUGUACAAGCAUUAAUAAUCCAGCUGGUAACAAGAGCCGCUGGUUGAAUAGUAUUUGUUGUCCCUCUGUUUUAGUUGAGCCAACAAAAAUGGCAUGUGAGUAUUUUACAUAUCUAUAAAAGUAAUUUUCCUUAUUUCUACAAGUGAAUCUAUGGUAUGAAAUCCUUUGGUUGCAUUGAAACAAAACUAAAGUCAGUUUUCACAUGGAACUCUAGUUGCACAUGCUGUUAUUUAGCAUAUUUCUUAUAUAUUGUGCCUUCAUGUUAUGGGCUGUUAAAAUAAGGAAAAAAGUAAUUUUGUCAUGAUUUCUGGAUACUGGUUAUGUAUUUAUCAUGUUCAUGUUUCAUAAAUUACUUGCCUACUCUUACUUGUUGGUUUUCUUUUAUUAUGCAACAGGUGAACUAAGGGACCUCCAAAACAGUAAAGUAUUUCAACAUGUGAUUUGUUGUUUUUUACUGAGAAGUCUAUUCAUUAGAGUUUAGUAUUCAAUUAUUAUAAAUAUACACCUUAAUGUACAGUACUUGUUAGGGUGUUAACAGCAGAUAAAUAAAUUUUCCAGAAAAAAAUGUCCAUUUUACUACAUAAUUUAUUUUUUCAAGUAAACAUUCUUACCCUCAAA